GAUGAGAGGGAGCAUCACAGAGAAACACUCCAUCAUGUCUUUGAAACUGAAGAUCAUGCCAAGGUUUACAAGCAGAAGACUGAAAAUGGCUGCGACGAGCGACAGCCUGAAGCCUUUAAUGGAGAAAAAUACCCAGGAUUCACAAGAAGAACAGCGCGUCCAGAUGGAUCUGAACACCGUCCUUCAGGACCUGCCUGUGAUCCUGGAUGUUCCUCGAUCUGGUUCCUCAGAGGCAGGAACAAUUAAAGAACAAUGCAACAGCCACAUGAUGAUGUUCUGGACCAAGAUCAUCACGCAGCCGCCGCAAAACCUCGAGGAGAACCUUCAAGAGCACCUGAGGAAAGUAGAGGAGGACGUGGUCCUCCAUCUGAAGAGGCUCAGACUGGCGCUGGAGCCCCACGGGCUGAUGGGAUACCUGGAGGACUGCUGCCACCGCCGGAUGAUCCAUUACCUGCAGAGCCUCCUGCAGAGAGUCAGCUCCUCCAGGAGCUGCUUCAAGCUGCUGUACUGGGCUCGUCACACGUAUCUCAGGAUUGAGGAGUUUUCCAACCAUGACGACCAGAAGAUUGACGGAUGGGACGAAUGGGAGACCAAAGCAAAGGACAAGCUGUUUCCAUAUGUGCAGAAAGAACUCCAAGGUCACCUUGACAAAAUCCUGGAGGAUCAUAAAGUUCAGGAAACCUGCGACAACGAGGAGUCUUAUGUUAAACUUUACGUGGACGUCGUCCAGUGCACUGACGCCAUGUUUGAUAAUGCCAAACUGAUCGACCAAGAACUGAGUGACAGAGUUCUUCAGGUUUGUUCUCAGGAGCUGCUGGCGUUUGCUAAAAGGUACAUCGCGUGGCAGAGAGAGUUUUUAAAGAAACAACCAGAGACCGUUCACUUCCUCAAGACUCUGAGAACAUGUAGAGGAAUCAGGACUUACGUCCAGGAUCAACACAUGAAGGAGGAAACCGCGGAGCUCCUGACUGAGAUGGAGACUUUCACCAGAGGCCUGCUCACUGAAGUCGUCACUGACGAUGUGGAGAAAAGCCUCCACAGAUACUUCAAAUCAGACAGCAGGUGCACGUUCCAGUUCGCCAGUGUGGAGAAUCAUUUUCCUCAACUGGAUUUUGCUGCGGAUGAGCACAAGGCAGUGAUGGGGGACAUUUACAAAGGCGUCGCUCACGUCUACUUCAAACAUCUCAUCGGAACCAGCAUGAGGAAGCUGAGGAAGAAGUGGAGUGAGGACAUCGGGACAACAGUCCACGAGGACGCUGUGGAGCUUCACAGCAUCAUCUCAGGCCGGGCGAAGGACGUCCAGCAGUACAACAAGCUGCUGCUGAGCAUCGAAGAGGUGUUGACCUGCUCCGACAUGGAGGGGAUGAAGCUGACGAUGGCGGCCAUACAGAAGGAGUGUCACGGACAGAGUGAAGACCUGCAGCUGCUUCCUGACCUCCUGCUGUGGAGAGGUUAUCCUCGCAGGGAUGUCGUGACGGUGAUGGAGGCUCUUCCUUUCGCUCCGCCCGUCCCCAGGAGUCGAUUCUGGCUGCUUCAGUCCUGCUGGGGCUUCUGCUGCUGAAGCUGCUCCACACGUCGCACGUCGGAUUUCUUCCCGCUGUCGUAGUUUUGGUUACGUGUCCGUACAUAACUUCACUUCAGUCAAGAUGCAGGAAACAAAACUGCUCUUCAGCAGACUAUCCUCUUCCUGAACAAGCAGAAUGUGUGUUUUAUUUAUUCUAUUUCUGGGGAAAUGAGCUUGAUAAGUCAAGCUGAUGAUCAAUCCUCGGAGGAGAGCAUCUGUACAAAGCAUUAUGGGUACAUCUAAAUCUGUACGGGUCGAUCUGAUCGCUACCAUUCUUUAUUUCGUUUAUCAUAUUUAUUUCUUUUUUAUCUUGCUUUCCGUUGUUCGUUAGAAUUUGACGUUUGCACUGAUUUAUUCCGUCUCAUCCUGAUAACCAAUGUAAAGAAACAAAAGCAAAGCUGACUAAAGCUACAGGGAAACAUUUAUGCUGACUAUUUAUAAAUUAAUUUAUUUUAGCAUUACUUGAAUGUUCUCAAGUCAGUUGCUUCAGCUGAGAUGCUCAUGUGAAUAAUUGUAGACUGUUUUCAUAUGUAGUCUGGUGACUUUUUUUUAAUUGUUUAUAACCAAUGAAAUGAGACAUUCCAUUAAACGAAGAUUGUCUUCUGUGGCCACUUUGCACUUUUACUGUUGCUUCCUUUUUAAUUAAUUAAUUUAUUUUUUUUACUUUGUUGAGGGUAAGAAUUGCUGAAAGGUUUGUAGUGUAACCAGUCAACUGACAAAGAUUCAAUAAAUCAUUAAAACACA